AUUAUUGAUACAUUACGAGCCCGCGAAAGAGCCAUAGCGGCAAUUUACAACUGAAUUACAAAUCUCUGCCGGGCCCACUAAAUACACAAUCGGGUUAAAUCAAUCGCGUCCGCCGCCGUCUCUGUCUAACGCGGCGGGCGUGCGCGGGAAUGAGCGCGACGCAAGAUACAUGCAUGGCGCUGCCGAGGAUGAAAAGCGCCAGCGGUCGCCGCCUCCGAGCACAAAGGGGAAGGGAAAAAAGCUUGUUUGUUCGGGGGCGUGUCUCCGCGGCCCGAGCGGGGCGCAGGCACCAGUCGCUCGGCCGCCGCCGCCGCGAGCGCAGUCCCACGUCACUGUCAAACUCAAAUUGACGUUUCAAUUUGACAGCCGCCUCCGUCCACCAACCGACCUCCGCGGACACAAACAAAACGACACGACGACCAACAUCAGCCGGCAUCGCGACCGACAUGGAAUUAAGAAAUCAUCGGUGACUCGCUUCAAGAAUAACUCGAUAAAUAUUUAUACCAUAUCCAGAGGCCGCGUCGACCGCGCCUGACAUUCAAAUAAUCGUCGCCGGCGACGUCGAUGCGCUUGUUUUAAUGAAUUUUAAUCGCGGACCUGCAUAAUAAUUCGGGAGCAUUGUGCCGCGUUUGAAGGAGAACCGACCCGUAUCAAACAAACAACAGCUAUCGGCCGGGGGAGAUGGCUUUCGAAGACCGCUGCAGUCCGAACCAGGCGACCAGCCCAGGGCCGGUGUCGGGUCGCGUGCCGGCGCCGCAUGCGGAGAGCCCCGUCGGCUACCGGCCGCCCAGCCAGUAUACUUGUACCACCAUAGACGGUCGAUUCGAUCGCGGCACGCCUAAUAUCACUAUGAUCAAGGUACAGCCGAGCUCACCGCCUCCCAGCCCGGAUCGUCACAACGAGAUGGAGUACCAGAACUACUACAGGCCGGAGACACCGGACGUCAAGCCGAUCAUAAACCCGGAUGACAGGUUCGAACAUGACAAGAGAAGGCAGCAGCCGACGGCGCCGAUAGCCUUCUCUAUUAGCAACAUUCUGCACCCGGAAUUCGGUUUAAGCGCAAUUAGGAAGACGAAUAAAAUCGAGGGUCCGAAGCCGGCGGGACCGAACCACAGUAUGCUAUACAAACCAUACGAUUUAUCAAAGCAGAAUGAGUUUCAAAAGUAUAGUUUCGAUUACUUGAAGUCUAAGGAGCCUAGCGACUUCAACAGUCUUCCGCCUCUGGGUGGACUACGGCAGACGGUGUCGCAGAUCGGUGAACUGGUGAGCAAAGAGAAAGAGGUGCAGAAGGUGGUGGAGCAGCGGCGGCCGGACUCUGCGAGCUCUCUGGUGUCGUCGGCCUCUAGCGGCGCGCCCUCCACCUGCAGCACAGAUGCUACCAGCCAGGCGUCAGGCAACUCCGCGCUUUGGCCUGCAUGGGUCUACUGCACGAGAUACAGUGACCGACCUAGUUCCGGUCCAAGAAGUAGAAGAAUGAAAAAGAAGAUGAAUCCAGAAGAGAAGAGACCUAGAACGGCGUUCAGUGCAGCGCAACUCGCGAGGCUAAAGCACGAGUUUGCUGAGAACCGUUACCUCACGGAACGUCGGCGACAGGCGCUGGCUGCAGAGCUGGGCCUAGCCGAGGCUCAGAUCAAGAUCUGGUUCCAGAACAAACGAGCCAAGAUCAAGAAAGCCACAGGUCAGAGGAACCCGCUCGCGCUGCAGCUCAUGGCUCAAGGACUCUACAAUCAUAGCACGGCCACUGAAAGUGAUGAAGAUGAGGAAGAAAUUAGUGUCACGUAAAAUAAAAAUUUAUGUAUAUUUAUGUACCAGUAAAAGUGUAACAGUGGCUCAUUGGUUAAAGCAUAGGUCUUGAGUUUGAAUCCCGAUAUGUACCAUUGUGUUUUUCGAUUUACAUAUGUACUUAUCCGAAGUUCUUACGGUGAAGGAAAACAUCGUGAUGCUGCAUAUAUUU